AUGUUCAGCACUCUCGCUUAUUUCUUUCUGCAAGUAUCAGAUCAUUCAUCCGUCAGAAUGUUCACUCUCUCUGCCAUUUUCCUCGCGCUCGCCUCUCUCGCUGCUGCCGAAGUUCGCAACAUCACACCUCACGAGCAAUACAGCUCCUCGGUCGGCGUUCUUGGUUGCAAGAUCAACACCCACCGUGUCGCCUAUUGGCCCGAGGCUGUCGACUGCAAUAACAUCUGUGUCCGCGUAAGCCAUCAGGGCCGCUCUCUUGAACUCUUACGCAUCGACCAAUCCGGCGGCGCCAACGACAUCUCCUAUGAUGCCUGGAACUAUCUUGGCUUUGGCAAGAGCGCCAUUGAUGAUCCCCAAACGGGCGGCGGCAUUGAUAUGGACGUUGAGUUCGUCGAUGCCGAUCAAUGCAAGCACCUUCUCAAGGAUAGUGGCGGCAAGCUUGCUUUCUCGGCCCCCAACAGCAUGAACUUUCUCAGCUCAUGCCUGUCUGACCCCGGAUCGUGGGUCGCCCGCAACUUUGCUGCUGUCAAUAUCAAAGACUCCGCCUGCCACUGCGGCUUUGAUGAGGUGUGCACCAUUCCCCCUCCCAGCGAGGGAAACCAGCCUGUUUGCCCCAACGCCCUGGGCACGACCGGCCCCUUCAGAGGGGAUUCUGUCUUUAACGUUGAGUUCGGUACUGGCAAGCUUGUUCCUGCCCCAGGCGCCGGAGUGUGCUAA